UCUCUCAAAUGGACGUGUGGACAGCUCUUCCUGAAGAGCCGCAUGCUCCACCAGCAGUGUGGCGUUAAUUCCUGGAAUGCAUUUGUUAGGGCAAAGUUGAAUGAAGUGAAUCAAGAUCGAGAGCAAGGUGACCGCAUCAAACUCACAAGAUUUAUUGCCGAGAACAAAGACGAGCUCACUCGUGCACAUGCUCGAUUGUCUUCUGCUGAGAAAUGGGUCUACAAUGCCCAAGUCAUUGAAGCACGCAAGCAGAAGAAUCGAGUGGCACGCGCUAAUCCCAAGGCCAUUCUACACGACAUCAAUGCAACUUUUACUUCUAUGGACCGCGAGGCAUGUAUUCUAUUAUUAUUGUUCGCAGCAGCAUUGAGGAUCUUUCAGAGCCGAAGUUACGAGCACACUGCACCUCACCGCCAACGUCCAUUAAAUAAGCUUGUAAGUGAGUGCCGUACUUUUAUUCAGGAAGGCCUUGAUUCAAUCACCCUCGAGACGAACAUCAGACACAAAGUGAAAAUGAAUUAUACCAACUACGAACGCAAUAUCGUCGAGCGCUGUGGCAUAGCCCUG